UUUGCAGAUGUAUUUGUCAAGCCUUACAUCAGAAGAUCUCUGUUUUGGUCACUCACCAGUUGCAAUAUCUCCGUGCUGCAAAUCAGAUUCUAAUUUUAAAAGAUGGUAAAAUGGUGGGGAAAGGUACCUAUUCAGAGUUCCUGAGAUCUGGCAUCGACUUUGCUUCCCUUUUGAAAAAAGAUGAGGAGGUAGAACAGCUGUCGGUUCCAGGAACUCCCAACCUGAAGUCUGCCCGGAGCCGAACCUUCUCGGAGUCCUCUGUCUGGUCCCAGGAUUCUUCUGUCCACUCACAGAAAGAUGGAACAGUGGAACAACCACCAGCUGAAAAUGCACUGGCUGCAGUGCCAGAGGAGAGUCGCUCUGAGGGAAAAAUAAGCUUUAAGGUUUACAGAAAGUAUUUCACUGCAGGAGCAAACUACUUUGUGAUCUUUAUACUUUUAAUAUUCAAUAUUUUGGCACAGGUGGCCUAUGUGCUUCAGGACUGGUGGCUUUCUUACUGGGCAAAUCAUCAAGAAAAGUUGAAUCUCACAGCAAAUGGAAAUAAUGGAGCAAAUGAGACUGAACAUCUAGACCUUAACUUUUAUUUGGGAAUUUAUGCAGGUUUAACGGUGGCUACAAUACUGUUUGGCAUAAUAAGAAGUCUUCUGGUGUUUCAAGUUCUUGUUAAUUCUGGUCAGACUUUGCACAACAAAAUGUUUCAGUCCAUUUUGAAAGCUCCUGUCUUGUUUUUUGACAGAAAUCCUAUAGGAAGAAUCUUGAAUCGUUUCUCCAAAGAUAUUGGCCACCUGGAUGACUUGCUUCCAUUGACGUUUUUGGAUUUCGUGCAGACUCUCCUACAGAUUUUUGGUGUGGUGGCGGUGGCUGUGGCAGUGAUUCCUUGGAUACUCAUCCCCUUAAUUCCACUAUUUAUUCUUUUCAUUUUUCUUCGACGCUAUUUCUUAGACACUUCAAGAGAUAUUAAACGUCUGGAGUCCACAACUCGAAGUCCAGUGUUCUCCCACUUGUCGUCAUCCCUCCAGGGACUUUGGACUAUUCGGGCUUUGAAAGCAGAGGAAAGAUUUCAAAAAUUAUUUGAUGCACACCAAGAUCUUCACUCAGAGGCCUGGUUUCUAUUUUUGACGACGUCGAGGUGGUUUGCUGUGCGUCUGGAUGCCAUCUGUGCCAUUUUUGUUAUAGUGGUUGCUUUUGGUUCCCUGCUUCUGGCCAAGACUUUGAAUGCAGGGCAGGUUGGUUUGGCGCUGUCCUACGCAAUCACCCUCAUGGGAACAUUCCAGUGGGGUGUUAGACAAAGUGCUGAAGUGGAAAACUUGAUGAUAUCAGUUGAAAGAGUAAUGGAAUAUACAGAACUUGAAAAAGAGGCUCCUUGGGAGACCAACAAACACCCACCCACUGAAUGGCCAAGCCAAGGAAUGAUAGCAUUUGAAAAUGUUAACUUCACUUACAGUCUAGAUGGACCUUUGGUGUUAAGACAUUUGUCUGUUUUAAUUAAACCCAAAGAAAAGGUUGGAAUAGUGGGAAGAACCGGAGCUGGGAAAAGCUCUCUGAUAGCAGCCCUCUUUCGCUUGGCGGAACCCGAGGGAAGGAUUUGGAUUGAUAAGUUCUUGACGUCAGAGCUAGGACUCCAUGACUUGCGGAAGAAAAUUUCAAUUAUACCUCAGGAGCCUGUUUUAUUCACUGGAACAAUGAGGAAAAACUUAGAUCCUUUCAAUGAAUACACCGAUGAAGAGCUGUGGAACGCCUUGGAAGAGGUGCAACUGAAGGAGGUUGUGGAAGAUCUGCCUAAUAAAAUGGAGACGCAGCUGGCAGAAUCUGGGUCUAAUUUUAGCGUUGGUCAGAGGCAGCUGGUGUGUCUUGGCAGAGCGGGUCUAAAAAAAAAUCGUAUCCUUAUCAUCGAUGAAGCAACAGCAAAUGUGGACCCAAGAACAGAUGAGUUCAUUCAAAAGACGAUCCGUGAGAAGUUUGCUCACUGCACAGUGCUGACCAUUGCACACCGCUUGAACACCAUUAUCGACAGUGACAGAAUUAUGGUUUUGGAUGCAGGAAGACUGAAAGAAUAUGGGGAACCUUACGUUUUGCUGCAAGAACAAGAUGGCUUGUUUUACAAAAUGGUGCAACAAGUGGGCAAGACUGAAGCGGCUUCUCUGAUGGAAACAGCAAAACGGGUGUACUUCAGUAGGAAUUACCCGGAAGUGGUUCAGAAUGGCCAGCUUGCCACAGAUUCCUCCUUGGAUGCUUCCUCAGGAUUAUGCAUAACAGAAACUGCACUGUGAUUCCUAGUAGCUGCAACUGUUUCCCAUAGAAUGUAAACCCAAGAUCGUCUAAACUCAGUGACAAUGUUUGCAAGUGUCAACGGGAAAGGAAAGGGAGGGAGCGAUUCUUUGCACUGGACAUCCUUCCUAUUUAAUACUGAGAAGAAAAUUUUGACUGUCCCUCUUUCUUUAAUUUCAGUGCAAUAUGUUUUCCUUUCUGACUAAUUAUGUUUGUAUUGCCAAGGAAAUUAGGCAGACUCAGUUUUUAUUUGAAAGUUAUGUGGUAGAGAUCUCUUAUUUAAACAGGUGCAGGACACCUAACAGGUCUAGGGUGCAUAUUUGGAGCUUAUUCAAAAAAAAAUUGGGAUGUGUUCUUUUUCUCGUUUGGAAAUAUUUGGAGAGCAAGCGAAACCAAAUUCUUUUCAGCGUCACUUUAGCACGACAGCAGAUUUGGAAGUGUACAACUUAGUUGUCUAGUGCAACUGUCCUUCUACCUGUCAUAAGUAGCUAUGCAGGUUGGUAGCAGAAAGAACAAGCCAAAACUACUUUUUCUUUUGGAUAGCAAAAAUACACUUUUUUUUAUAUAGUUCAAAUAACGCCGUUCAAGUUGAAUGUAAAUAUUAGUUUUAUUUUGCUACAAUCUGAAUGCUGAAAAAUCAGUCUCAAUCUUCUGUACUUCAGAAGAAAGUUACCACAUUUGCACUGAAGAAACAUUUAAAUAAUUUAACAUACAUUCCUCUUUUUAUCCAGGUUAUCA